CAGGAGCCCCGGAGCGGCCUCGCAUGACGCGGCUGAGUCCUUCACCUGCCCGGAAGAGGGAGGACAGCUGAAGUUUUUCCCUUUUUGGAAAGUUACGCACGCGGCGGUCAUGCACUCCGCCGUGCGUCGUUGUCACUACGCUGCGCAGCGGGGCGGCAGGAGGCUCGCGAGGGCUUUUUACGCACCGCAGGAGGCUCGCGGAGGCUCGUGGGCUGCAGGGCAGCAUGCAUCUGCAAGCCCGGGGACAUGCGCGGCCGCGCACGGCUGCAGGAGCUUCGCGUCCGACGCCGCGUACGGACGAGCGUUCAGCGCAGCCAGAGACCACCCGGAGAGCUUCUGGGAGGGGGCCGCGCAGGACGUCAGCUGGUUCAAACCCUGGGACAAAACCCUGCGCGUGGAGGAUCCUGUGUUUCCAAACUGGUUCGUUGGAGGAAAGCUGAACAUGUGCUACAACACCGUGGACCGCCACGUGGAAAGUGGGCGUGGCGAGCAGCCGGCGAUCAUCUACGACAGUCCGGUGACGGCGACCAAACAGAUCAUCACGUACAGGGAGCUGCAGGAGCAGGUGUCCAGGCUGGCAGGAGUGCUGGUGAAGAACGGGGUUCAGAAGGGAGACCUGGUCGUCAUCUACAUGCCGAUGGUUCCUCAGGCCAUGUUCACCAUGCUGGCCUGCGCCCGGAUCGGCGCCCCGCACAGCCUCAUCUUCGGCGGCUUCGCCUCCAAGGAGCUCUCCGUCCGCAUCGAUCACGCCAAGCCCAAGCUGAUGGUCACGGCUUCGUUUGGCAUCGAGCCGGGGAGGCGGGUGGAGUACAUCCCUCUGGUGAAGAAGGCGCUGGAGCUGAGCUCCCACCGGCCCUCCAAAGUGCUCAUCUACAGCAGACCCAACAUGGAGAAGGUCUCUCUGGGCCCCGAGCUGAGUCUGGACUGGGAUGAGGAGAUGGCCACGGCCAGACCCCACGACUGCGUUCCUGUGGCCUCCAACCAUCCACUCUACGUCCUCUACACAUCUGGAACCACGGGAACGCCAAAGGGUGUGGAGCGAGACACUGCAGGCUGCGCCGUCAUGCUGAAAUGGACCAUGUCAAAUAUUUAUGGACUCAGUCCUGGAGAUGUUUGGUGGGCGGCGUCGGAUCUGGGCUGGGUGGUGGGACAUUCCUACAUCUGCUACGCUCCCCUGCUGCACGGCAACAGCACCAUCCUCUACGAGGGUAAACCCGUGGGGACUCCGGACCCCGGGGCCUUCUUCCGGGUCCUGUCCGAGCACGGAGCGGCGUCCAUGUUCACGGCGCCCACGGCCAUCCGGGCCAUCCGUCAGCAGGACCCCCACGCCGCCAUCGGGAAGAAGUAUCCCCUGACCAGCCUGCGCUCGUUAUUCUUGGCAGGAGAGCGAUGCGAUGUGGAGACUCUGGAGUGGACCAAGAGGAGCUUUGGGGUUCCUGUUCUGGACCACUGGUGGCAGACUGAAACGGGCUCAGCCAUCACCUCCUCCUGCGUGGGGUUGGGGAGCUCGCUCACGCCCCCCGCUGGCCAGGCGGGGAAACCGGUUCCAGGGUACAACGUCACCGUGAUCGACGACGACAUGCGGGAGGUGAAGCCGAGGACUCUGGGUAACAUCGUGGUGAGGCUGCCGCUGCCGCCCGGCGCCGCUCUGUCGCUGUGGAAGAACCGAGAUCUGUUCAAGGAACUCUACUUCUCCAAGUUUCCGGGUUACUACGACACGAUGGACGCCGGCUUCGUGGACGAGGACGGCUUCCUGUACAUCAUGUCUCGCUCCGACGACGUGAUCAACGUGGCGGGACACCGGCUGUCCGCCGGAGCGCUGGAGGAGGCGGUGCUGCUGCACCCCGCGGUGGCGGACUGCGCCGUGGUUGGCCUGGACGACGCCCUGAAGGGCCACGUGCCGCUGGCGCUGUGCGUGCUGAAGCACGGUGUGCAGGAAGCAGAGGAGGAGCUGGCGGGUGAGAUGGUGAGGCUGGUGAGGGACGCCAUCGGGCCGGUGGCCGCCUUCAGGAAGGUGCUGUUCGUCCAGGGAUUGCCCAAGACGCGCUCCGGAAAGAUCCCGCGCUCCUCUCUGGCCAACCUGGUCAACGGGAAGCCCUACAAGAUCACUCCGACCAUCGAGGACCCCGAGGUGUUCGGCCACAUCGAGAGCCAGGUGAACGCCGCGCUGCGACCCGCUGCAGCCUGAUGCCACCCGGCUGGACGAAGCGAAGUCACUCCCUUUAUGACCAGAGCUGCUAGCGUGAGCAUUUAAGAUCAAUGAUUCUAUUUCAGUGUAAUCUGAUUACUGUGAAACGGCUGUCACGGACGUUAGAGAAUGAAGAAAACUGACACAAUAAGUGUUUUUUUUUUUUUUUUUUUUUUAUUGACAAUGAAAAUUUGUUUGAUCACCACUUGACCAAAAUACAAGUAAUAAAUAAAAAAAGAAAAAAAAAAUCAAUAUGGACACGAAAUAAAAAUGAUUCAUCGUUCGUGCAAAUCGAAGAUGUAAAAAAAAAAGAAAAAAAAAAAACUUUUUGCCAUCGGAAAUAACUAAAAGACAGAAAAUGCGGGCUGUAGGAGGCGUCGCCCCGGAAACCAAGAGUCACAACGAAUGGAAGUCACAGCAAGCAACAGCGUUUUUUAAUUUUUCUUUUGAACUUCUUCACCUCACUUCAACAUGGUCAUAAACACUCGACACACACUAUGAGCUAAAGCGUCUGUCUUUCAGUUAUUUCUUCAGUUUUCGGAGCGG